AGAAUCGCGAGCGUGCGACGAUAUUCGUUGCGUCUGAGAUAUAGAGGCGAUCCUAUGUAGUCAGACGAAAACAAUUAAAAGUUUUGUUACAUGUAAAUUUUAUCCAUCUAAUUGCUAACUGAACACAAAAGUUAAUCAUUUAAAAAGAGACUUGAUAACAAGUUGAAUAUUUGAAUUUUCGAAUUUUCAAAGCGUUAUCAUAUAUUUGUUUGUACGUGUACGAAUAAACUUAUAGUACGCUCGGGUGUAUACGGUAUUUAAAGAGAAAAAAAAAAGUAUUUUUAACGGCAAAACGUGUUGAUAAAUAAGUAUCCGUUAAAUUUUGAAAAAAUAAAAAAUUUCAAAUCGAUUCACGCACAUAUAUACACAUUAAUUACACUGCAGUCACGUGAAACGAUUUUUCUGAUGAUAACUUUAUACAAGAACUUAUUCGAAGACCGUUACUAAUUUAUCACAAAAGGACUAAGAACAAUCAUAUUAUACAAUAAUAAUAAUAAUAAUUUUUGAAUAACGUACAAUAUUAUCACGCUUUCUCUGCAGAGCGCAUAUUUAAAUUACACGUGCAUUAAAUUUAUACAUUUGAACAAUUUUUUCUCCUUCACCGUGGUUAAAAUAGAACGUGGAUUAUCUGCAACUAUAAAUUUGAUGGUCGUUCAAAUCAAGAUUCACACUCGUCAAGCUUUAUCAUCUGCGGUAUCAAACGGCAGCCGUGUGUGGAAUGGCGAUUUAAAUAUCCCUGCGAAAUUACAUCACGGGGCGAAUCUUUGAGGAUCGAGGAUAAUUAUUUAAUUGACAAAUCGUUAAUUGAAAUAAAUUUAGAUCUGCCGCGAGAAUUCUGGAAUCGUUUUCGCAACUCGUGGGGAAGAAUUCAUUUUUCGCACGCGAAUUUCGCUCCGAUUCUUUUUACGUGCGAAAAACAGAAUCGUCGCGUGAAAAUGUUUCUCAUCGGUGAUACGAAUAAAUGAGUGAUCGUACGCGCGUUAAAAUGUGACAUAAUAAUUGUUCGAUCGAAGAAUCGCUUUUUCAUUGAUCUUCGCCAUGGAUGAGGUGAGAGUCGUCGCUGAUUGAUCAGAAAACCGACUGCACGGCGGCUUAGAAAAUUCGGAGAAACCGUCGGAAUAGACACGGAAAAAGAUAUUAAAGAAUUUUAGCGUUUGAAAGGAGAGAGAAUAUUUGAGAAAAUAAACUCACGUAUCCUGAGAGGGAAGAAGUGAGACAAGAAAAAAAAAGGAAAGGAGAGAAAGAAAACGAUCGAUUCGAGUGAAACGUCGUUUUCGUCAUGAAAAUGAUAAGCGACGUAGUGGCGGCGGUACCGGUUGAAGAUGGUUCGCAAUCAUCGAGUACUUCGACGUCAGGAUCAUCGACCAGCACGAAAGAAUUCAGGGAAAGGACACUGAGAUCCAUAAAAAAGGGUCUCGGGAAACUUUGGAGAAGACACAGAGGAAAUGUUUCGAUAACCGAAUACGACCCAAGUUACAAAGUCGCCUAUCUGGGCAACGUACUUACUGGAUGGGCCAAAGGUGACGGUUGCGUCGAAAAACCAGUAGCUACAUUAUGGCGGAAUUACGUUGGAAGUAGUCGACCCGAUGUGUCGAUGCGAUUGACCGUCACUUGCGGCGGAUUAACAGCGACCACCAGAGACCACGGAUUAACCGAAUAUUGGGCGCACAGAAUUACUUACUGCACAGCUCCGGUAUCUCAUCCUCGUCUAGUCGUAUGGGUUUACAGACACGAGGGCAGACGACUCAGGCCUGAACUCAGGUGUCACGCCGCACUGUGCUCAACCGAAUCCACCGCUAGAAGACUCGCCUCCACCCUCAACGCCAGGCUGCAACAAGCAUUGAUGGAAUUCAGGAGGGACAAGGUCUCGAAACAAAACGCCAGACUUUCGUUGGCGAACGCGGUUUAUGAGAACCCGUCAUUACCUCGUAGAAAAAUAUUGUUGAGCACAGGCGGACAGAAUUAUCGUCCGCCGUUGGAGCGUUCGAAGAGUGCUCCGAAAUUGUCGGCGAUCGAAGAGGACGCCGUGGCGGAGGAAUUGGAACAGGCACGCCUCCUAGAAGAAUUACGAUCGUUGAGAAACGUGGCAUGCAGUUGGCCGGAUCAGGACGAUUGGAGAUUAGCGAGAUUGGUAGAGGUGUUCAAUCACGCCGGUAGUUCGGGUGAGUUCUCCGACGAGAACGGAAGCAUAUCGAGCGGUUGUGAAACGGCGAGUACGACGAACAGCGAAGAGAGGACGGGCGGCCUCGAAGAUCACAGUAACAAUUCGGACAACGAAUCGAGGAGUCCGAGACGGGUGUAUUUCUCCGACGAGACGAUCGCCCGUCAAGGUAUAACUGCGUUGGCGAGAAAUUCGGACGGCUCGUCGAAUUUCAUAACUCGCAUAGGAAGUCCAAAGUUUCUAGUCUGCAAUUCGUACAGAAAACUCUACUCUAUGCACAACGUUGAUUCGGACGAUCAAACGAGUCAGGAGAUGUUCGACUUUGAAGAUUCCGAGGAUUUUACCGAGGAGGACAUAGUCGAUUGUAGUCCAAGGGGUGAACAUCCGAGGAGAGUCGAAGGAACGGAGAGACGUCUGAAAAGGGCCGAUACGUUUCCGCCGCCGAUGAGUAAUCUGAAUUUAUUGGAAGAUGAAUUUUCCACACUGGAUGCCCUCGACGAGGAAGCCGACAGCGACGAGAGCGGAUACGUCGAGGCACCGCCGAAAAUCGUCUCGCUGCAGGACAACAAUAACGAAGUCGAUGAUAAGAAAUCGGAAUCGGAAGACGUAGACAAAAAUACCGCAAACAAUAACAACAACAAUAAUUGUUGUUCAAUGAAACCGAAGAGGGUGAAUAAUUUGACGGACAACACGAAUAGGGUGAAUAGUAAUGGAAAUAAUCAACAACAGCAAAUUACGAACGAAGAAGAAAAUGAUUUCGUUAAUGCAAGUUCACCUGAUCAAUGCCACGACGAUUCGAAGGGUUCCUCCAUAUGCCCGAUAUCUGAAACAAUUAAAAAAUUUGCUAACGCAUCGCUAAAGACUUCAAAAUCAUUAGAAAUAUCAACCAACAAUCGUUUAAAAGCUUUCACCAAUCUUAAAUCUUCGAAAUCAUUCGACAACAGUUCUAUCAGCAAAGAUCAGGAAGCUAUCGAAUCGCCCAGUCUCCAUCAAAGAAAGCGGCUUCUCGCUCAGCAGGGUGUAAAAGUUUAAUUAUUACGAGCUCAUUAAAAACUAAAUAUAAAUAAAUGAAUAAAUUAACUACCUGUUUAAUUGGUGUAUGAGAUCCCAUACAUUUUAUAUAUUUAUAAUAGGUUCGGCGUGAAUAAGUUUUUGCACUUUCCUUUUUCUUUUUUUUUUUUUCUUCUUCAUUCAUAUUAACAUCACGCUUAAGUCACUCGUUGAGUUCAUUCUGAGUAGAAAAAUAAGAGAGAAAAUUAAAGAAAAAAAACAAAACAAAAAGCAACCAUUAUCGUUGUAACGUAUCAUUGCGUAGAGAAUUUUAAAUGAAAACAAAAAAGACAAAAUAAGAUAAUAUAAAAUAAAUCUAUCUCAUCACCAUGGAGAUUUUUAUCUUGACGUUGAAAAGCAUGACGUGUAUAAAGUAUUUUUUACUAUCACUAGAUUUUCAUUCCUUUUUUUUUUCGCAAUGGGAUAUAAAUCGGAGUCGUCGAAUGAUAGAGUGUGAUAAUGAUAAUGAUACCAAUAACUUAAUCAAAUUUGGAAAAGAAGAGAAUCCUUUUUCCUCUCUUUUUUCGAGGGAUUCAACAACUCUUCGAGGAUUUCAUUGCACCAGAAUUUCUGCAGACGUUAUGCGUUUUCGAUUGAACGAUUACCUGUACCUACGUUAUACUGUAGACAUUAUAGACGUACACGAGUAUCAGUAUAUCAUUACGAAUGGUCGUAAUAUUUUCAUCAUAAGCUCGGUAAUUGGAAUAUCUUUCUAUAGUCAUAAAAUAAGAUUUAUGAAAGACACAAAAAAAAAAAAGCAAACAAAAAAAGAGAAUUCAUUGGCUUUAUCUU